CCGGCGGCCAGCAGCGGCUGUGUGCGUGCUAAUGACGGUGAAGGUGCCUGGAGGAGGGCCUCGGAAGGGGCUGCCCAGCGCAAUCGCGCCCCUGGCACUUGCUAAGAGAUUCUCAGCCCUUUCUCUGCAGCUGCCACUUGAAGUCUCCACGCUUUCCCUCCAGAGGAAAGAAGCCAUCUAUCUAAAUCAGCUGUGUCCCUGCGUCUCUCCUUUCUCCCUCCGCCAGCCGCCACCCCCACCCCUUCCAUUGUGUUGUGCGUUUAGCUCCGCUUCCUGCGUGAGACCCUAACCUCUUGUAGCAGCAGGCGUUACUGAGGGUUUCGGAACCUCGAGUUGCAAUGGAGCUGUACGGAAAGAUGGCCUCUUCCCAAGAUGCCAGGUAUGGCCAGAAAGACUCCUCUGAUCAGAACUUUGACUACAUGUUCAAAUUGCUCAUCAUUGGCAAUAGCAGUGUGGGGAAAACAUCUUUCCUGUUCCGUUAUGCGGAUGACUCCUUUACAUCUGCAUUCGUCAGCACAGUUGGGAUCGAUUUCAAAGUAAAAACUGUAUUCAAAAAUGAAAAGAGAAUCAAGCUUCAGAUUUGGGACACAGCAGGCCAGGAAAGAUACAGAACUAUCACCACAGCCUAUUAUCGUGGAGCCAUGGGCUUUAUUUUGAUGUAUGACAUCACAAAUGAAGAGUCCUUCAAUGCGGUACAGGAUUGGUCAACUCAAAUUAAAACAUACUCUUGGGAUAAUGCCCAGGUUAUCCUGGUUGGGAACAAAUGUGACAUGGAAGAUGAGCGGGUCAUCUCAACGGAGAGAGGCCAACAUUUAGGAGAACAGCUUGGGUUUGAAUUUUUUGAAACAAGUGCCAAGGAUAACAUUAAUGUCAAGCAGACAUUUGAGCGUCUUGUGGAUAUCAUCUGUGACAAAAUGUCAGAGAGUUUGGAGACGGAUCCGGCCAUCACUGCCGCAAAGCAGAACACAAGACUCAAGGAAACCCCUCCUCCACCACAGCCCAACUGUGGUUGUUAAUGUCCCCACAAAGGCAGUUCUGCGGGGCGGGGGGCACAUCACCAACCAACAGCAUUUAUAAAUGGUUGAUUAACCUUCAUUUAUACUGCCUAAUAAUUAUUUGAGGGAAAUCUUUGAUGUCAGUGGCUCAUACAUGCAUUCAAUUCGUGGGAGAUUUCCUGUGUUAAUAUGUGGCAAAUAUGUGAUCUCAAAUUUGUAAGGACUAUCCAUCUAUAAACAUCUGGUAUUUGCAUGUAAUUUGUUACUUGUCUUUGUAGGCUCUUUUUGUUUCAGAUUUCUUCUCAAGAUUAAGCUACUGCUGGGACCUCAGACUGUAAUUUCACUACAACUGACUUUUGUGCCACGGGUUCAAAUUUGCAAUUCACUUGUAUGGAUGAUAAACGAGGAAUUGUUUGUGUGUGUGGACAAGAGGAGAUCUCAGGAGACCGUCAUGGGUCUGGUUAGUUUACCGUUCAGGAAAUGUGUCUGUUUUUCAGUGUUAUUAAUAACUGAGGAGACCAUUGACUAUAAAGAACUUAAAGUACUGUGUUUGAAACUCUUGCCAAUUUUCUAAGACAUUAAAUCUAGUUCCAGUGUGAGAAGUAGAAUUAUUUAAUAGGAACUAGAUUUAAACAAUCCUCUUAAUUUAGUUGUUUAAAUAAUCAAUGUCUCUAACCCAGGGUUACUGUUGCCACUGUAUGUGCCCAACAUUCUGAAUAGUUGAGGGCACCAACAGCCUGAGAGGCAUCUGGUUAAGGCAUGAUAUGACAGUUGUUUUAACCAAGACAGGUAGGAAUACCUGUAGCACUCAAAGGACUGAGUUCACCCCUAUUUCCCUAAUAACUGCCCCCCAUUACACACAAAUCACCACCACUUUCUGAAACCAUCACCAAUGCUCAGAAUCAAGCUCAAGUUGAAGCUUGUUAGAGCCCCUCUUCUCACAGGAUAGAGGCUUGCUUCCCAAACCAGUGCCUUCUGUUCACACCUCAGCUACAUUCUUGUACCUAAUACAAGUAAUUUAAACAAUAUCCCAAUGGUUCAAAGAUUGAGGAAAAGACCAUGUUUAUCUCUAGUCUUUUUCAAUCCAGUUCUUCCUAAUUCUAAUGCAUAUCCCCAUUCCCUGUAGGAAUAACAAGCAUACAAAUCUCACCAGCUCUUUUCACUGGGCACCAGAAGGAAAUUGGCAUCCUCAGCACAUCCAAUAUUAUUUGCAGUUUAGAUGUUAGGAAGGCACAGAUUGGCAGAUGUAGAAGGACAGUUUCAUUAGGUAGAGUCACUUUCCCCAUCUUUUGGUCGCUAUGUUCAAGUUGUUUUUUUUUUCCCCUCUCUUCAUGCACAGUUCCUGUAAAAGUAUUGGGUGCAAGUCUUUUUAGCAAGGAUACUGAUAGGUAAAUUUGCCAUUGGAUAAUAAAUGUCUACAAGCUAAAGAACUAGGUCAUAUACAUUAUUAGUAAGAAAGUGAAAUUUACAGAAUACCUGUGGGAUGUGUUAAGCCUAUCAGUGUCAUUUCUCACCUUGAGCUUCAGAUCCACUAAUUGGUAAUAAAUUUCCACCUUGGCACCCUAGAUGGCAGGCCACAGCUUAGUAAAGACAAGAAUGUCUUAUUGGAUUUUAAUGGGCCAACAAGCUUCAAGAAUUCCAGAAAUGACAGUGAAGGGAAAGAGAAGGGGAGUAGCAAUCAAAACAUAUUUGUUUGCUACAGAAGCCUAUUUGCAUGAUAGUGCACUAUUUCUAUAACCUGGACUAGAACAUGGCCAUGUUCAAUGAUAGAGCUGUUAGGUUCAGUUGUAUAAUCUAAUACCAAGCAAGAAGGCAAGGAAAACUUGCCUCUCUCACAGCCCCAUCCCAUAUACACAUACAGAUGUCCAGGACUUAAGUAUGAAGUCCACAUGGCUUUUACAAGGACCUGGCUAUAUGUAUUAUUUUAAAGGGGAGAGCAGAAUCAGGGUCAGAAACGUAGAAGGUAAAGAGCUGAGUUUUACUUUUGUGUAAACCCCUUCUCUGAGAAACUGACUGAAAUUGGCCCUAAGACCAAAAGACCAAGUCAGGAGCCUACUUCACAAUGUUAGACAUGACUAAUUUGAACUAAUUAGUUCAAAAUUUGACUAAUUUAUGGCAGUCAGGGAAGCGGGAGGCCCAAGUGUCAUUGCCAAGGAAUUGUGGAUACUUUGUUUUCCAAAACUCAUUUGAGGUGGGGCUUUCCUAAUUCAUUCUCUGUCCUGAAGCUCCCACCCAGGUGUGAGUUUCAAGGAGAAGUUUCCAGGGGGGAUUGUAACAGAGCUCAAUGCUAUGAAGCAUUAGAAAGAGAGAAUAUUCUCUAUUCCCAAUUUUACUAACAGAUUUUGGUUUUAAAAUUAAAUAUUUUUUGUCAUAAGAGGUAAUGCUGGAGGAUUCAACUAUAUUACUUAAAAUUUUUAACACUAAUUGCAAUGUUUAACCUUUUUGCUGACAAAACACACACACUCAGCCUCUUACAUUCUCUCCAUCCCUCACAAAAGCUUAAUAGCCACAAAUUGUUUUUAAUGAUGGCGUAAAUUUGUAUUUACAAGAUCAAGAUACCUUAAAAAGUACAUAGUGUGUUCAUUUAAAACAUCCAUCUUGUUGUAUUUGAUACAAUUCAAUUAGUGUUUCAAGUAUGAAUCUGUCUCUCUGAUGCCCAUCUUCUCACCCUCACCCCUGCCAUUACUUUGAGAAACAAACCUUGAUUGUUGAGCAAAUGCUUCCAAGAGCUUUGGUGUUGGCACAUUCCUUUCCAUUCUUAGUUCAAGUGCAAACCUGGACUGGAAAAUUUUUCAUCCAAAUAGGUGUCCUCCAAGUGGAUGGGCAUUUACAUUUUGGAGGACAUGAAUGGAUGAAGAAGGUGCAUGAUAUUUCUCAAGUCCUAAGAUGGCAGUUUAAACGUGGCAUCCCAUGUUUGGGGUCCUAAGAACAAUUGAGUUAGGACAGUCCAUCCCUUCUUUGCUGCUGCACCCCUCUC